CUUGUCCCGGAGUAGACUAUCUGCAGUUCGGGAAGUUAAACUCGACAAAAGUCGAAGUCAUGGACCGGGAACACCCGAAAAUGCCCUUUUAACUUUUGAAGAUAUUGAAGAUGACCUGUCUUGUGCCAUGUCCCAGUGGUCUGCUAGUCAUUGUCCACCUCCUCGCACUAUCCUCCGUCAACACCCAGUCAGAGAUAUGGACCAAUGAAGUUUCAGAUGUUCAGUAUGGGAGGUUGGGGUCCAAUGUCACGCUGGUGUGUGGAGCAGCACUAGACAGGACAUCAGUGAAGUGGCGUCUGAACAGGAGUUCCAUGUUACCAUGGCAUCACCGAGUGACAUCAGAUGGUCAUCUGGUCCUCCUGCAGGCCGACCGCGCUGCCGAGGGAAACUACAGCUGCCAUGACGACCGGGGACGACUCAUCAGGACAACCAGACUUAGGCUGGGGCAUCCCCCCGGGCUGCUCAAUGUUUCCUGUCGUGUGUCCAAUCACAGCCUGGUAUUGUGUUCAUGGGUGGAGUCUGUGAAGACCCUCCUGCCUGCCCAGUACCACACCUCUUACAGGGGUAAUAAGAGCCAGGUGAGGAUGUGUGUGGUGUCGUCCCCUCCCCAGAAGCAGUGCACCAUCACAGACCCUACCAUGUGGCAACACUACCAUAACAUCAACAUCACAGAGACCAACCCUCUGGGGUCACAGACCACCAUCCUGAUGGUCAAGUUCCAUGAGCUCUUGCAGCCAGACCCCCCGGAGGCAGUAACAGCAGUGGGGAUGGUGGGAUAUCCCAUGAGGCUCCAGGUGUACUGGACGUACCCUGCUUCCUGGCUCCACGACGCUGUGCCCUUCCCCCUCCGCUUCCAGCUCCGCUACCGUCCUGUAGGAUCCAGAAUCUGGUCUACCCUCCGCUACCGUCCUGUAGGAUCCAGCAUCUGGUCUACCGUGGAGUCUAAGGCCAGAUCCCUGCUAAUAACCGACGCCCUUGCAGGCUUCGCCCACCAGCUGCAGGUGAGAGCCCAGGACGAGAUCAACCCAGACAGCCAGUGGAGUGACUGGAGCCCCCUGCUGCAGACCUGGCCAUGGAGCGGUGAGAAUACAAGUCUGUCCCAAAUGGCACCCUAUUCCCUAUAUAUAGUGCACUACUUUAGAUCAGGACCUUCCCAGCAAACCUGGAACAUUCCCAGAACAUUAGCUAAGAUUCCCAUUAAGUGA